UCCAUAAAUCAGGCGCCACCGCUGGUGUGGGUCGCGCAGACAGACGGAGAGGCACGCACGCACCUCUCCACCGCCGCACGCACCUCUCCACCGCCGCGGCUCGUCGCUGCUACUGCAGCUCCUGCUCCAGCUCCAGCCCGGUGCGGCACGAAGCGAAGGAGACACAACUCUAGCGGCGGCUUCUUCUUCUUCUUCUUCCUCCUCCACCAUCACCAUGGAGAGAGGCGGAAUGGCUUGAGAUCUCACGGUGGCGCGCAGGACCCGGUCUCUCUCGAUCGACUGGAUGUGCAUGUGUUCUCACUCGUCCGCCUGUCUGCGUCCGUCCGUCCGUCUUGCCUCGCGGAUUGCUGGAUUGCUGCAGUGCUGCUGCUUUUUUCCAGGUGUUGUGGCGCGCGUGUGCGCGUGUAUGUGUGUGCGACUGUGCGCGUGUGCGUGUGUGUGAACGUGUGUGGUGUAAUUCUCUUUAACGAAUUGGACUAAAGCCUGGGGGGGGGUCUGAUGUCACAUGUGCUUCAUCGGAGGAGACGGGGCAUCAGCGAGCUGGAGGAUUUUGUGGAGGAUGCUGCGGCAAGUGCUCCACAGAGGGCUGAAGGCUUCGUUCUACUGGCUGGGCUUAUUCGUUAGCAGGCACCCCGUCUUCUUCCUCACCGUGCCCGCCGUCCUCACCAUCAUCUUCGGCUCCACCGUGCUCAGCCGCUUCAAGCCGGAGACGGACCUGGAGGUGCUGGUGGCCCCGACGCACAGCCUGGCCAAGAUCGAGCGGAGUCUGGCCAACAGCCUGUUCCCCAUCGACCAGUCCAAGCACAAGCUCUACUCCGAUCUGCACACGCCGGGCAGAUACGGCAGGCUCAUCCUGCUCGCCAAGUCUGGGGGCAACAUCCUGGAGCUGGCGGACCAGGUCCUGCAGGUCCACAAGCGGGUGCUGGAUCUGCACGUCAAUUACAAGGGCUUCAAUUACACGUUCGCGCACCUCUGCGUGCUCAGCCACCGGGACAAGCGGUGCCUGCUGGAUGAUAUCGUCACCAUCUUCGAGGACAUCAGGCAGGCGGUGCUGUCCAACAGCAGCUUCCACAAGGUGCCCGUGAGCUACCCGAACACUACGUUGAAGGAUGGCCGUGUGUCCUUCAUCGGCCACCAGCUGGGCGGCGUGUCGUUCUCGCCCAACAGCCGCGACCAGCAAGUCAAGUUCGCCCGCGCCGUCCAGAUCACCUACUACCUCCGCAACCAUGGACCCGUGGUUCAGGAUGCCAUCGCCGAACGCUGGGAGAACGAGUUCUGCGCGCUGGUCAACCGGCUGUCCACGGCCGAGGCGCCCCACGCGCCCGACCAGCUCCACAUCCAGUCGCUCACCUCCUUCAGCCUGUGGCGGGACUUCCACCAGACGGGCGUGCUGGCCAAGGGGGAGGUGUUGGUCAGCCUGGUGCUGGUGCUCCUGGCCGCCACCAUCUCCAGCUCCAUGCGGGACUGCCUGAGGGGGAAGCCGUUCCUGGGCCUGCUGGGCGUGUUGACCAUCUGCAUCGCCAACGUGACGGCCGCAGGGAUCUUCUUUAUAUCGGACGGGAAGUUCAACUCGACGCUGCUGGGGAUCCCGUUCUUUGCCAUGGGCCAUGGAACCAAAGGGGUGUUUGAGCUGCUGGCAGGCUGGAGGAGAACGAGGGAAAACCUCCCGUUCAAGGAGCGCGUGGCGGACGCUUUCGCCGACGUGAUGGUGUGCUACACCAUGACCAGCUCACUCUACAUCAUCACCUUUGGCAUGGGAGCUAGCCCUUUCACCAACAUCGAGUCGGUGAAAAUCUUCUGCCAGAGUAUGUGCGUCGCCAUCCUGGUCAACUACUUCUACGUUUUCUCGUUCUACGGCUCCUGCCUGGUGUUUGCCGGACAGCUGGAGCAGAACCGCUACCACAGUGUUUUCUGUUGUAAAAUCCCCUCAGUGGAGUACCUGGACCGCCAGCCCACGUGGUUUAAAACCAUGAUGAGCGACGGCCACGACUUGUCCACGCACCACGACAGCGUCCCCUAUCAGAAUCACUUCAUCCAGCACUUCCUGCGCGAGCACUACACAGAGUGGAUUACCAACACCUACGUCAAACCCUUUGUGGUCAUUCUAUAUCUCAUCUACGCCUCUUUCUCGUUCAUGGGAUGUUUACAAAUCAGUGAUGGAUCAAAUGUCGUGAACCUGCUGUCUAGCAACUCUCCGAGUGUUUCGUACGCGCUGACCCAGCAGAAAUACUUCAGCAACUACAGUCCCGUGAUUGGGUUUUACAUUUACGAGCCCAUCGAGUACUGGAACUCCACGGUGCAGGAGCACCUGAAGACUCUGAGUCAUGGCUUCAACAAGAUCUCUUGGAUGGACAACUUUUUCCACUACCUGCGGGUGGUGAACGUGAGCGCAUCAACCAAGAGCGACUUCAUCACCAUCCUCAAGGGCUCCUUCCUGCGCAGCCCGGAGUACCAGCACUUCACCGAGGACAUCAUAUUCUCCAAGAACCGCGAGACCGAUGAAUACGACAUCAUCGCCUCACGGAUGUACCUGGUGGCACGGACGACGGAGAAGAAGCGAGAGGAGGUGGUGGAGCUUCUGGAAAAGCUUCGUCCGUUGAUGCUGAUCAACAGCAUCAAGUUCAUUGCCUUCAACCCUACGUUUGUGUUCAUGGACCGCUACAGCUCCUCCGUCAUCUCGCCCAUCCUGACCUCAGGCUUCAGCGUACUCACAAUCCUCAUCCUCACUUUCUUCCUGGUCAUCAACCCCUUGGGAAACUUCUGGCUCAUCCUCACGGUGACGUCCGUGGAGCUGGGCGUCUUGGGUUUGAUGACCCUCUGGAAUGUCGGCAUGGACAGCAUCUCAAUCCUGUGCCUUAUUUAUACCCUCAACUUCGCCAUGGAUCACUGUGUACCCCACCUGUACACUUUUGUGCUGGCCACCGAGCACACAAGGACGCAGUGCAUCAAGUUGGCACUGGAGGAGCACGGGGCAGCCAUCCUGCAGAACACAUCCUGCUUUGUGAUCGGGAUCAUGCCCCUGGUGUUUGUGCCUUCCAAUCUGACCUACACACUGUUCAAGUGCUCCCUCCUCACCGCGGGCUGCACAGUGCUGCACUGCUUCGUCAUCCUGCCCGUCUUCCUGACCUUCUUCCCGCCGUCAAAAAAGAGACACAAGAAAAAGAAACGGGCCAAGCGUAAAGAGCGGGAAAGGGAGAGGGAACGGGAGCGGGAGAGGGAAAGGGAAAGGGAGGAGAUAGAGUGCAUCGAAGUCAGGGAGAAUCCUGAUCAUGUGACAAACGUCUGAGUAGUUUGUAAUUUUAGCAUUGAGUAUCAGUGGUUAUCCGUCAGUUAUUGGUGGAUUAUAGGUAUUCUCCAAUGGCGAGGCGCCUCUUGAGGUGCAGGGGGAGUCCGAGAUGUCCCCUGAGGAGUGGGAACUGGUCACUCCCAACCAAUAGCAGCUAAGUUGGCCAGAGUAGAGCGCGGCCCCACUGGUCAGUCAUUCAGUCCUUCAGUCUGGACAGUGUAUCUCAUUUGCACAAACUGCAAAAUGCUCACAAUUCCAAAGCUCUUUCCCAACUAUUUGGUAUGUUAGUUCUCAGAACUUACGCUUGCUAAAUCUGCAAGUAAAUUCUAAACAAACGGUACAUUAGUCCAUUUAAAUAUUAGCAAUUCUAUGUUCAUCUCCUGCUAUCAAAAGAACUGAGCGAGGAACAUAGCAGUCUGUUAAGCCAAGGACAAGUUGGUGAAAGGGGUUAGUGUGAUCAUACAAAAGUGUGAAAACUGUGCAGGAGACGACUGCGCACGCACCUUACUCCGCACACCUUAAUAACAGCAAAAAGAUACCAUACCAAAUUCCGUGGAAAAGAGAGGAACUGUGGAAAGCACACCGCAUGCUUUUCUGUGACAUUAAAAAUAGCUGAACAGCUGAACCGGGCAGAUGGCAUACACUGUGUCCAUUAUGAAGAAUUAUCUUGCACAUUGCAUCGUGUGAAUAGAACUGUCGAGGUUUAUAUUAGCAGGAGACAAAUAUUUCUGCUUUAUUCCAAGGGGUCGUAGGCAAUGGCAAAAAGGAACUGCAGUGGGCUGCAGCGUAUGAAGAGGAAGUGAUAAGUGACUGUCGUGCAGCAGUGUCUGAGUAUGACUUAAGUAAAUCCUAAACUGCUUUCGCACCAGACCAGUAAAAACCAAAAGUGAAGUGUUUCCGAGGCUUGAAAUAUUGAACUUUCUAGCAGGUUGAUAAACAAUGGAAAGUUUCUGUGAGAGUAUGAAUGUCUCUGCAAUCCACUUGCAAAAGCUUACUGGCAUGGCACUGGUAAUUGGAAAGUUCUGAAUGUGUUUCAAAACUAGCAGUUGUGCCAAAUAGUGUACAGAUUCUUUUUUUUUUUUUUUUUUGACAGAGUUCUAUAACAACAAAAAAGUCUCAGUAAGUUUGAACUUUCAUAUAAAUCAACCAUGACUCAUGAAUUAUUCAAGCUAAUUUAAAUGAUUGCUAUUUAAUGUUGUUCAGGUUUGUGAAGCAGGCUUUAAAUUAAGCACCUUUUGUUAAGUACACGGUCUCUGAAUAGUGUGAGAGACUGAAGAGAGUCGAAAUGAAACUAGAACCUCCGGGUUUUUGUUCCAGAAGUAAGAAAACCUUGUUCAAAAUCAUUGACAUUUGUAACAAAACAAAUUAGUAAGAAUCCAGCUCUACAACAUAACCUUUGUAUGUCGUUCACGCCAUUUUUCUAGACACGGAUAGUACGUUUUCAAAAGAAAAAUGCACAAUCAUUGUUUAGCUGCACUAAUCAAUAUUUUUACGUUGACAUCAAAGGAGACAGGGGGUUGAUCGAAAAGGUCACAGAGUUAUCACCCAACUCUGCAGUUCCCCUCUUUUCUGCAGAGCGUUUUAGCAUCUUCUAGUCCAUUAUUUUGUGGCCAGCAACCUAACCGUAUGGUUCACUCUCGCUAUUAUCAUCAACCUCUUUUCCUUCAGGCAGCUUUUUCCUGUAAAAAAGCUAUGAUAUACCCUCUCUUCGCUACCUUCCCAGCAACAAAACAGCAGACAGACAAAGUUGGUGGACAUAGUGAAGCAUUUAGCGGCUAAAGAGCCACAUAUGUCCCCUCAGGAGUUGGUGGAGACCAAAAACAGAGCUUGAAGAACAGUGAAUAUUGGACUCACAUUGGUCAGGCGAUCAGAAACACAACGCUAAAUGAUUGCUAACGUUGCUUCCUAUCUGCUGGAUGUGUAAAUAAGCAAUUGCUUGCUAGUACAUGCUAAGUUUUUUGAGGUGAUAAUUUGUCAAGAUGUAUUUCUCAGCAUGUUCCGAGGCCCCACCAUGACUAAAAACACGCUGUUUUAAUGAACCCCCCAAGCCUAAGACCAUCGUGGGUUAAUAUCAACAGCUUGACAGACUGGAUAUGACAGAUACUAGCUAAGGAAGAAACAGUUAUGAUGAUGUACAAUAUGCCAAAGGCCAUGCUUGAAAAUUUGUAUGAUUUUAACAGAUUUUUUUAAACGUUAACAAAUAAUUUUUUUACCAUCAUCAAGGGUUCAAAUGCUAAAAGCAGGUACUAUAAACGACACUUGUUGAUCUUAGAAUAUGGACAAUGAACCCCAGGAAAGCAUUUCACUUUUUCAGAAAGGCCAAUCAAAGAAAUCCUCAAUGA